AUGUUGACUCGUAUGAGAUCCUUCUCAACUGAAGCCUUAAAGGUUGUCAACAAUGUUGCUAGGCAACAGUUUGUAGUAUCACUACAAUCCGCAGAAGCGACAAUUGACUAUGAAAAGAGUGGCAGGAGUAUAACUUUCAUUCAUACAAAUGUACCUCAACAAUUUCAAGGAAAAGGUGUUGGAAAAAUAUUAGGAAAGUAUGCAUUUGACUACGCCUUGGAUAAUAAAUUAGAUGUGAUAUGCAAGUGUCACUUUCUUGCUAAAUACUACAAUGAUAAUAAAAUUAAUUACAAAGGACUUAGUGUCAAUAUUCAACUAGAAUAG